AUGGUACCCCAUUUCCAACUACCGUCAACUUUCACUUUUACUCAUAUCACACGCAAUAUUGGUGUAUAUUAUUACCAUGCUCUAUAUCUACCUUGGAGAUGGCCAAUAACCACA